AUGUCAUAUAGCGGCAUUUCCCCAUACGGCUCUGCUUAUCGGCAGCAGUCUCAACCACAAGAACAACAACAGGAGCAACAACGUCGACAAUCAGAACCGAAAGCCUACCGUCCGUAUCAACCGUAUCGGCCACCUACACAGCAGCCAGGGCCAAGUGACAACCAUGAGAAUGAUAGCCGACAUUCGUCUGUUGCAAGCCAACCAUCUCUGGCUUCCUCGUUCGCCAAGCUUGACCUUGGCGAUAGCUCCAUGGCUCCGGCACCCUUGAGACUUCAGCGCAAGCCCGUCUCGAGUCAGGCAUCGAUGCAGUUCAAAGAACCGCAGUCACCACAGGCAGAUCAGGACUACAAACCUUACUCCCCACCCUCUUCGCAACACCGUAACUCAGUCACGUCGACGGCCGGACGACGGACCUCCAAUGGCUUUGUCGCCGAGCUUGAAGGGUCGCCACCUUCUUCUCGGCGGGAGAGCAAUGCUGUGCAGCCCUCUUCAAACGUCCCUCCACCGAAACCGGCCAAGAACUUGGAAACUCCUGACAGUGAAGGACUGAUCGUCGUAGAAGCCGAGGCCUUACCUUCUGUCCCCGGCUCCUGGCCCACCUCUCUUGAAGAACAGGCAGACACUGGAUAUCAGCAUCCUUAUGCCCAACCUCAAUAUGGAAAACCGAUUUCACCAUCUUCACCUCAUCACGAGGUAACACAGAGCACCCUAAGUCCUCCGCCUGUGCAAUAUCCAUCAGCUUUCCAGCAACAAGCGCCUACCUCUCCACCAGUGCCACAGCCGACUUACACGUCUGCUCCGGCUCAGCCAGGGUAUCAGAGCUUUUCACCUCCACAAUCACCACCGCUGCCGUCGUCCGUAGGAACUCCGGCCCCGUUCACUCCUCAGUAUCACCAACCUGGCAACUACAGUUCUGCGCCUUCGCCUGUAUACAGCCAAGCCCCAACAUCUCCUGCUGGGCAAACACCUCCACCACCGCCAUAUCAACAACAAGCCUACGGUAGCCCUCCCCAGUCACCACCACCUCCUCCUCCACAAUCAACGCGGCCAACAUCACAGUAUUUCUCCGGCUACCAGUGUCCACCGACACCAACCCUCAACACCAGCAACUUGCCAACACCCCCAAGCCAACAAGGCCCUUUCUCACCCACCUCUCCGCAAUCACCCACAGCCGGAGGACACAGACACUCAGUCUCUUACUUCCCCGCCGCCUAUCCACCCCGGCCUUCCCCACCAACCCAACAUCAACCGGCCACGACCCUCCCCUCACCAACCGUUACCUCCCCUUCAUCACCAUUCCCUUCAUCUCCAGCUGUGAACACUGGCACCUACCCUCCAGCGCCUGCAACCCCAGCGCAACAGCCCCAACCAACAAUAACCUACACCACCGCCCCUCCACAACCAACUUACUCCUCUCCCACCCCCUCCUUCUCCUCCCACUCCUCCUCUUCCAACCCAGGAGCCAACAAACCCGGCGGAGCCCUCUACAACUUCCCCUCCCCACCUACCCCCUCGCUCAACUCCAAGCUCUCCAUCAACGGACUGAAGAGGACGGCGGCGGGAUUGGGCGGGGCGAUUAAGAAUGUUGCGAGCGUGGUGGAGGUUGCCGGGCGGGAGGCGGUUAAGGCGGGGAGGGCGGCGGCUGCUGGUGGGGGAAGGGAGUCGGGAAGGGAGUCGGGAAAGGGGGGGAGGAGGGUGAGUGGGUUUUAUGGAGGGGGGUGGUAG